GAUAGAGGUCAACCGUGAGGGGAUCAGUACGUUCUUUCCUUCGUGCGGUUUUCUCGUUUUCUCAGCGCUUUUACGCGCGAAACGUAAUUUUGAUGUCGGAUUGGCGCAGUAUACCAUGCGUGGAAAAGCACAAAGAGUUCCUCCAGAAACUUCUUACGGUCUUAAUCGAUUGCACCUUCGAAAGCGUGUCCCAUAAAAAUCCUGUAUCGAGAUGGAGAGAACCGGCUCACCUGCGGGACAUUAUAAAGUUUGAUGUGCAAGACGGGCCACGGAAUCAGAAUAAUCUCUUGGAAAUCGCUGAUAAAGUUUUCAAAUACAGCAUUAAAACUGGACAUCCAUACUUCAUGAACCAAUUAUUCUCUGGAUUGGAUCCCUAUGGUUUAGCCGGGCAAUGGCUCACCGAUGUAUUAAACUGUUCGGUGUACACUUACGAGGUGGCACCGGUUUUAACAUUAAUGGAGAAGACUGUAAUUACGAAGUUGCUGAGUAUGUUUUAUAAGGAAGAAAACGGUGAUACAAUUGGAGACGGUCUUUUUAGUCCAGGUGGUUCUUUCUCUAAUGGCAUCGCUAUUAAUUUAGCACGAUUUUGGUUUAGAAAGACAACGCGAAGUAGUACACGUAUAUCAUCUUCGAAUUUAGUGCUCUUCACAUCCGAAGAUGCGCAUUAUUCGGUUUCGAAAUGGGGUAACUUAUGCGAUGUAGAAGUUAUUCUUAUAAAAACCGAUAGUUAUGGUAGAAUGGACAUUAACGAUUUGAGGGCCAAUAUAAUUCAAGAACAAAAGAAAGGAAAUUAUCCUUUUUCUGUUUCUGCCACAGCGGGUAAGUUAAUGUUGGGUGCCUUUGAUCCAUUGGUUGACAUUGCUGAUAUUUGUCAGGAAUUUAAUAUGUGGUUGCAUGUUGAUGCUGCCUGGGGAGGUGGUUUAAUAUUUAGUAAAAAAUACAAUGCCCUAUUGAGAGGAAUAGAAAGAUCAGAUUCUAUUUUGUUUAAUCCACAUAAAUUACUAGCUGUCCCUCAACAAUGCUCUCUGCUUCUAACUAGGCAUCCAAAUAUUUUGAAAGAAGCACAUUCCAAGCAGGCUUCAUAUCUUUUCCAAAAAGACAAAUUUUACUCUACAGAUUUAGAUGUUGGAGACAAGUACUUGCAGUGUGGACGUAGACCAGAUGUAUUGAAAUUUUGGUUCAUGUGGCAGGCUAAGGGUACAUCGGGGUUUGAAAAGCAUGUUGACCACUUGAUGACAUUGUCAGCUCUUUUUAGAGAAGAAGUAGAAACAAGAGAUGCCUUUGAAUUGGUAGUAGAUUCGUGUUUUAUAAAUGUUUGUUUUUGGUUCAUACCGCCAUCUUUGAGAAAUCAGCAUUCGUUGUACAAUUAUAAAGAACGAAUAAAUGAAGUUGCUCCAAAAUUAAAGGAGAAGAUGGUGAAAAGGGGCAGUUUAAUGAUUAACUACCAACCGCUCCAUGAGAAACCAAACUUUUUUCGAUUCGUAGUUCAAAAUUCAGGGGUAGAUAUACAAGAUAUUCAUUAUGUUUUUAAUGAGUUGGAAAAUCUUGGAGAAUCCAUGUGACUUUCUAUAUGACGUACAAAACUACAUAUAUAUUGUAUGUACCUUAAUAUAAAGAAAUCAAUCAACGAUACAUAACUUGUGAAAAUAU